AUGUUCCCUCCCUAUUCCGAAAAAAUCUUGAGAAAGCGCGUUGCAAAGGUUGCCUGGUGUCCCACAUCAGAUUUAGCCGCCAUUGUCUUUGACGACAGCUCCAUUGCACUCUGCCGCGAUGGUGUAUCCCCCAUUUGGUCAUUACCAGCUCCCAACGACUCCAAUGUUCUUUGUCUUGAAUGGAAUCCUCAAGGUAACGAAUUCGUCGUUGGUGCAACAGACGGCACAGUGACACGCAUCGACGCCAGAUCCUAUGAGCCCAAAUGCACCACGUGUUGGCCAUCAGCACUCACAACACUCGAUAAUACCUUUGGCGACAGCAGCAUAACGGCCCUUUGCUGGGUGAAUUUCUCGCGGCAUAAAGCUCAAGAAAUGUACCUUCAUGGAUUUGAUCCUAGUGUCCUUGAUUUCACACGAGUGUUGCCAGCCCUCAGUAUGGUGCCACCGGAUGAACCAAUUCCCUUAAUACCUACUCAGAGGAUAAAGAAGCCACCGUUCCCUGAGCCUCCAAUGGAUGAUAUGGAUGAUCAAACACUAUUGCUGAUUGGUGACGAAGAAGGAUAUAUACAUAUAUGUUUGAAUGGCACCUACCAUAUAGGCUCAUUCAGCACAAGAAGUAAAGGAUCAAAGGAUGCAUUCUCUCUGACAACAAUUGACGCUUCAUCGGAUGUAUCUGAACUUCAAACGCUAUCAUAUCGAAAAACAGCGGCAGUCAACGAGAUCACGUUCUCGACUCUCCAAUGCGACUUGCUUCGUUGUCGACGUACAGAGUUAUGCAAUCUUGCUACCGAGCAUGGUCAUGUUCUUUUCCUCUUGCAGUAUAUCCGCCAAACCAUCAAUGUCCUUGCAAAACACCACACAACCGUUACCAGCCUUUCCAAACAAAACGCGACAAAGAUUUCAGAUCUUUUGCUCUCUCGAAAUGAGCAGACCCUUCCAAUGCCAGAGAUUGAGCUUCUCGGCCUUAUUGCUACAGGAAACCCUUGUGAGGCGGUUUAUGAAUACUUUACACAGUUGCUUUCAGAGCAGCAAUUAAAACGUUGGAGUGAACGGGCAACACACAGCUACAGCUGCUCCCAGAUGAUCGUAUGCGAGUAUUUACAGCCAGCUUGUGAGCGACUUUUAUUACAUCUUGAUACACUUUACGGAUAUAGUUUAUGGACUGAGCGAUACAAUGGGCUACUUGAUCCAGAGGCCGUGAACCUAUGUAUGAGGAGGACCAAAAAGUUGAUGCAGUCGUUGACCCGUUACCUUGCCGAUGUUACCAAAGAGUCGGUUACGUUCUCGGAAUUCAUAAAGUGGAUGUCCAAUAUGUUUUACAAGUUUGUUGGCGAAGGUGGUACAGAAGCCGAGGUGAUUCCCUACGAUCCAUGGCGUGCUGUGGAACACAUUCGCAAUUCCUUUGCAUCCGACAGAUUAGCACCCUACUUUAUAGCUUCGUCGACAGCAUCAGCCCAGGAAAUGAAUUUCUCGGAUAUGGUGGGGAGUGUUUCUGAAGCAUGUCGAGCUAUGUUACAACAGCCGUCCAUUACAUUGUCAGCAAACAUUACAGUGACCGAAUCACAAACAUUGGAAUUGGAUUGCACGAGAGAUGAUACUUCUAUUGGGCGAUUUGCAGCAUCUUGGAUGGAUGAGGAUCAGGCCAAGCAGCAUUAUGCCCUUAUACAACGCAACGAUGCAUUAGGAGACAAAGUCAUCUUGAUCAAAAAGGAUCUGAAAAGGGUUGAACCAGCUGGCUACGCAUCUUUGGAUUUUGGUAGUUGCCACAUCUCAGACUUUGAAUUCUUGGACGCUGAAGAAAUUGCAUUGGUAUCUGCAUACCCAACACAAGAGACUCUCCUCUCCACCAUCGAAUACAAUGCUAUGGAAUACGUCCCUUUUCAGGCACAAGAAGCACGUAUUGAACAAUUCCAAGAGUGCCAAUUUUCAAGGUCUAUGGAACUCGAGAAAACGAAGGAUGCGGUGAUUGGAGCAAACGGCCGUCCUCGACGACGCACUAUUGGCGUGUAUAGAGCAAAUCGUAAAGCAUCUAGUUAUUUUCUUGAUGAAUAA